UUUAUGUUCGUUAUCGAACGCAUACCUUCGCGAACAGCUGCAUUAUGUAAUCUUUUGUUAUAUGCAUUCUCGUUAUUCGAGAUUCGAGCUUACACGCUCAUUCUCGGUUAUGCAGUCAGAGCUCUCGGUUCUUAUACUUAUAGGCCUAACAAGUACUUCAAGCUAACUGCCACACCCAUAACGAUAUGGACGAAAUUCCCGCCGCCUCGAACGAAGAAAUCCUGUCGGCCAUCCACGCCUUACAGCGCCGGGUUGACACCUGCACAUCGACGGUUCAACAACCCAAACCCAUCCCAGCAUUCAAGAGCGAAGGGAACAAACAACAGUUUGAACACUCUAAAAAGGUCGAAAGAUUGAUUGAGAGAGGCAUCGCCCUAAACGAGCAGGGGGAUUUUGACACGACAGCGCUAACCCUGAAGGAAGCACUCCGAGAACUUAAUGACAGGCAAAAGCUGAUAAGAAUCGCUGACCGGUCGCCACUCGGAUGGUCAACUGUAAACGAAUAUGUCGCCGAUGAACUUGCCGACGACUCCGGCGAUGAGAAGCGUCUUCGAAAGGCGGAGAAAGCCGCUUCUGCAAAAAGAGCGGAAUCUUCGGCCAAAAGGUCGACCCGGGGAAGGCCCCGCCCAUAUCCUCGCCCUGCUCAACGCCCUGUUGGUUCUUUUCGCCGCUUCCCGGCCACCUUCACACCAAAUUUUCAGCGCCGCUACGAUAACCGUGUCUGCUUCCAGUGCGGCAUCGCCGGUCACGUCCGUACCAGUUGUCCAGCUAUCAGAGCCAGUCGACAGCCAUUACGCCAGCAACCAGGGCCCCCAGGCGUCACCCAAGGAACCCUUUAGAGUGAAGCUACCACCAGGAGUCAAAGGUAGACUUAAACGAUCUUAUAAUUUUUGGAAGUCUGAGCUUAAAGCCACACCAUUUAUUCUUGAUAUUAUCAAUGAAGGCUAUAAGUUACCUUUUGACAUAUUUCCCCCUCAGUUUUAUGCAAAGAAUAACAGAUCGAGUUUGAAUCAUUCUGAGUUUGUUGAGACGGCCAUUGCCGAUUUGUUGAAAAGACAGUGCGUCGUCGAAGUAAAAUCACGUCCCACAUGCUGCAAUCCAUUAACAGUCGCUGAAGGCAAAAAGUUACGAUUGGUUCUGGACCUACGCCACCCAAAUAAAUAUGUUAAGAAGUUUAAAUUCAAGUAUGAAGAUUUACCCCACAUUUCACAAGUACUCGGUCCAAACCAAUUUUAUUUCUCUUUCGAUCUGGAAUCCGGAUAUCAUCACGUCGAUAUCUUCCCCCCACACCAGCAAUACUUAGGCUUCUCCUGGGUUCAUAAUGAUUCAAUCGUUAGAUAUUACAUAUUCACGGUUCUACCUUUUGGCCUCAACAGCGCAUGUUACUUGUUUACCAAGCUAACUAGACCAUUAGUCUAUUACUGGCGCGCCCGCGGCAUUAUUUCCUUCGUUUAUAUCGACGACGGUCUCGUCAU